AGAGGCGGAGAGGGACCCAGAGAAAGAAAGAGACCCAGAGGAAGAAGGGCAGAGAGAGAGAGUCAGUUCAGGGCAGUGGGUCCAGAGCAGAGCAGGACCACAAGAUGCAGGGGCGGGGCCAGUGGACGGUGAGGUCAGAGUGUCUGUGAGGUUAGCCCCGCAGAGACAAGCCUGAGGCCCCAGGGAGACGUGGGCAGAAGUCAAUCAGGAGCCCCUGUGCACCCUCCCCGAGCCAUGAGCACCUGCGAGGAACCACCCGUUGUGUCCUUGGUACCCACACAUUCCAAAGACCCUCAGGUACUUGCCCUGUGAGCCCACGAAGAAGAUGGGGCCCAGCUGACAGUCACUAUGAAAAGGGCUGGGUGGGGCUCCACCCCUGGAACUUCCUCUUUCUCUGCCCUCUUCCUUUGCGCCUCCUCUCACCCUCUCUCCCUCCUCCGACCAUUAUCCCCUCGUUCCCUGUGGCCAACACCACUUCUGUCUGGGUUCCUCGAGUGGGUCGCUCCCCAUCUAGGCGAAGAUGUCAGCCCAGGAGAGUUGCCUCAGUCUCAUCAAGUACUUCCUCUUCGUUUUCAACCUCUUCUUCUUUGUACUAGGCGGUCUGAUCUUCUGCUUUGGCACCUGGAUCCUCAUUGACAAGACCAGCUUCGUGUCCUUUGUGGGCUUGUCCUUCGUACCACUGCAGACCUGGUCCAAGGUCCUGGCUGUCUCGGGUGUCCUCACCAUGGCCAUGGCCCUCCUGGGCUGUGUGGGGGCUCUGAAGGAGCUGCGCUGUCUCCUGGGCCUGUACUUCGGGAUGCUGCUGCUCCUGUUUGCCACACAGAUCACCCUGGGGAUCCUCAUCUCCACCCAGCGGAUCCGGCUGGAGCGAAAGGUGCAGGAGCUGGUGCUGCAGACGAUCCACAGCUACCGCACGGACCCGGAUGACACAGCGGCUGAAGAGAGCUGGGACUACGCGCAGUUCCAGCUGCGCUGCUGCGGCUGGCACUCUCCGCGGGACUGGAUGAGCGCCCGCAUGCUGAGAGGGAACGAGUCGGACGAGCCCUUCGUGCCCUGCUCCUGCUACAACUCCACGGCGACCAAUGACUCCUCGGGCUUUGAUAAGCUCUUCUUCUCCCAGAUUAGCCGGCUGGGGCCGCGGGCGAAACUGAGGCAGACCGCCGACCUAUGCGCACUCCCCGCAAAAGCCCACAUCUACCGCGAGGGCUGCGCGCAGAGCCUCCGGAAGUGGCUGCACAACAACCUCAUCUCCAUAGUGGGAAUCUGUCUCGGAGUCGGUCUUCUUGAGCUCGGCUUCAUGACGCUCUCAAUAUUCCUGUGUAGAAAUCUGGACCACGUGUACGACAGGCUGGCCCGGUACCGCUAGCCCCAGCCCGCCCCAUCGGCACCCAUGCACCUCCAUGCAGCCAGGAAAUGUUGCCUUCCCGGCUGGCCUUAGGCUUGGAGCCCCGUGCCUCGGGACUCAUCCCCCGGGGAGCCAGGUGUCUGCCCCCGCAGACAGCCAUCACUUCCCGCACGCACGGGGCCAGGGCCUCCCGUCCCCAGCUUCCUUCCCCAUUCCCUCCUCCCUACGCCAUCUGUCUGCCACCUCCCACAUGACACCUCAAAUAAAUCCCCUCCGUUUUGGUAAAAA